AAACGAAUAGUGAGUCUAGACAAAAUAAGAGAAAUGGUCUAAAUGACCUCUGGACUUCGCCUCCGCGAUAACAAACUCAGUUCCGUUAUAAUCAGUUCUUUCACAAAGUGCGCCCAAGUCAUUACCAAAAAAUCACAAUGGUCGCAAAUAACACCACUUCUGCUUUCUUACAAACCCUUAUCUUUUUCAUGAGCCAAAGCAACUUCCAGCAAGACACCUCCUACAACUAUUACUUUUUAGAAAUUGGGAAAAAUUUUUCAGCCAACAAUGCGUCCAAAUGUUACGGAAUCUACGGCUGCUUCCAGCUGUCCCCCCCAUGGACCUCGGAGAACCGCCCCGUGUCCCUGUUCCCGGAAGACCUGACUAAGAUCGAGCCGCGGUACCCGCUCUACACGCGCAAAAACCCCACCAAACCCACCUACAUCGACUUGAAUGAGUACGACGUGAUCGGCUCGACGGGCAUCAACCCCCGCAACCCCGUCUACGUGAUUUCGCACGGCUUCAUGGAGGGUGGAGGGAUAUAUUGGAUUGUAGACAUGGCCCAGAAGUUAUUGAAAAUUCACGACUGUUCCGUCAUCGUGGUCGACUGGCAAGGGGGCUCAGGGCCCCCCUACACACAAGCAGUCGCCAAUAUUCGGCUAGUGGGGGCAAUGACUGCGCAUCUUUUGCACGACUUAUGGAAGCACAUCCCUGAUAUGAACCUGGACCACGUGCACUGCAUCGGACACUCGCUGGGGGCCCACUUGUGCGGAUACGUGGGAUAUACCUUGCACCGGGACUUUAAAUUGACUUUGGGGCGCAUAACCGGCCUCGACCCGGCUGAACCGCACUUUGCAAAGGCCCAACCGCCGGUUCGGUUAGACCGAACCGCCGCCAAAUACGUCGAUGUGGUUCACACCGACGCUAGUCAGUUUAUUCGAGGAGGACUAGGUAUGACUGAAAGGAUCGGUCACGUGGACUAUUACCCAAAUGGGGGCACAAACCAGCCCGGCUGCGGCAAAAGCAUAGCCAAAUACAUCGAUGAGGCCAAUGGGAGCUUUUUCUUGGGUGUGAGGAAAUACAUGGGCUGCAAUCACAUGCGAAGUUACGAAUAUUUCAUUGAAAGCAUUAAUCCCAACAGGGCGUGUUCGUUUCUAACAGUUGGAUGCAACAACUACGCGGAUUUUUUGGCGGGAAAAUGUUUCGAUUGCGGCCGAAGAAACCAAAAAUGCAUCCAGUUCGGCUACUACAGCCACAAAGAAUACAAAGAACUGGUAAAACGCCGGGUAAUUUCACCCGACUCGAACAUGGUCCAGUUUUUGAUAACAGGAGAAGCGAAACCAUACUGCCGCGGGCAUUACAGAAUAACAGUAAAAAUUUCAAACUCUGGCGAAAGCCUCCAACAUGGUGGCGAAGUGGGCCAACUGUUCUUCACAAUGCAUGAAACAACCGACGGUAAAGGGCCGAAAACGCACACGGUGCCCUUAAACAAGGGCGGGUUCCACGAGCCCGGGAAAAUCUACACAGCGGUGGUGCCAACGUCCGAAGUCAAGAAAAUCAAAGCUGUUGAAGUCGAAUGGCGGUACCAGAGCAGCUACUUGAACCCUUUGACCUGGAGGCUCUUGACCGUCCCGAAAAUAUACAUCGAGAAAAUAACCAUCGACGCUCUGGAAAUCAGGCAGAGGUACUUGUGCCAAAAAUCAAAAAUUCCAUAAUGUAUAUUUUUUGCAGUUUGACUGUGUGUCCGAAAGACGGCCAGGCGUUACACACCUCGCAACCGCACUUCAUGAUCCCGUCUUAUUGUUAAUCGUACCUGCGUCUGUAUUUAUUACAUAAACCAUUAAAAACAGCUACAGAUAUGUCUCAAGUGCCGUCCGACAAUCAUAUGUAAAUAGUUAAAUUAUUUAUUAAAGAUUUAUUCCGCUACUGUGA